CUCCGGGGCUUCGAAUCGGCUCGCUUCGAAGAACCCUAAUCUCGUUUCGAGCCCCUAAACCCCAUCCCGACCGCUUCUGCCCCCUUUCUUCUUCCUCCCAAUCCUCUUCUUGCUCUAGUCGAUCUCUUCUAAGCGGCUUCAUCCGCGCCACCCUUCCUUCCCGCAGAUCGCUCUCCUCCUCUUCUCAGGUGCCACGGGGUCCCCACACGAGCAGAAUGAGCCCAACGCCUCGCCUUCGUCGUGUCGAUCCAUGUGUGGUCUCUGAGAUCGUUGCAUUGAUCAGCGGAGACUCAGAUGAUCUGGAGUCGAAGUUGCGCCUCCUGAAUCUGAGCCCUUCGCAUGCCCUUGUUUCGGAGACUCUUCGCGCGUUGAACGAUCGUGGCGUCUCGGCAUUGCGGUUCUUCGGCUGGGUUUUGGGUUCUUACCCCGAUUUCAGGCCUAAUUCUGAAGCCUACAAUCUGAUUGUAUUGAACCUCGGCCUCUUCGACGAUUAUAGCACCAUGCAUCGCGUGUUCGAUGAGAUAUCCUCGAAGGGGCAUUGCUUAACAGGAAAGGCCUUCUCUUUUCUUGCGGCUCGCGGCGCUGAUGUGAUCAAGGAUUCUGUCAGAGAACUCGUUGAGUUGCUAAGUAGAGUCGGCGGAUCUUGCCGAGGAUCGGGAAUCUUUUCGUUGAUCAAAUUGCUUUGCUCUAUGAAUGCCUUUGAUCUUGCUAUCUCGGUGAUGGAGGAGACGGCGAGGAGGACUUCAUAUUACAAUGUGCUUAUCGCUGCAAAGUGCAGGAACCUUGACUUUCAAGGUGCACGUGAUGUGUUCGACAAAAUGCGAAGGUUUGGUUGUGACCCGAACACGAAAUCUUACAAUUAUUUGCUUGGGAGCCUCUUUAAGAACAAGAGAGUUGUUGAAGCAUGCGAGUUGCUCCAAGCAAUGGAAGACUUGGGAUACGUUCCGGAUUCGGUAACUUUUGAGGUCAUUCUGGUUCAUGCGUGUAAGGCUAACAGGAUGAGUUUUGCCGUCAAGUUCGUCGAUCAGAUGUUGUCUGAAGGGUCUAAGCCAAGCCUAGCAACACAUGCGGCAUUCAUAAAAGGAUACUUCUGGUCAGGGCACGCGGAAGACGCUUACCAGUAUGUGGUGGAUAUGAGCAUGAAAGAUAAAUGUUCGGUCAAUAUGAAUUUUAGCUUACUUGCCAAACUUUACUGUGUGUCGGGAAGGAUAGAAGAGGCAGGCAGAAUUCUUUAUGAGAUGAUGGGUGAGGGCUUAAAACCCAAUUUUCCUGUUUAUAUGAGGGUGAUGAAGGAUCUCCAUAAAAUAUCGAGGGGAGAUUUGGCAUUAGAACUUAAAACCAAGUUUCAACAAUUCAGCUUACGUACAGAUGGCAGAUGAUCUUAUUCUCAAUAUGAGCUAUGUGGCAAUAUCAAUCUCAGUUCAUAAGUUCAGAGAAUUCUCAGCAAUUUUGUUCAUGAGUUUAGCUGGGAAGACUGGUUCUAUGAAAUUUGUAACUCUGAAUGGAGGUCUCAUCCUAGAACACAUCUUAACUCCUGGAGCACAUCUUAAUUUCUCUUCAGAACACCUUGGUCACGGCCAUCUUGGAUUGGAUCACCUCAGUUCCUCUUCAUUCAGCUACCUCGGCCUGAUGGCUGCCUCGGUCAUAAUCAUUUUGGUAAUCUUUUGGCCCCCUGAUGGAAAACCAACAUACAAGACUGCAUUGCGCCUGUGUUCGAAGUCUCCACAGCGCUAUAUCGGUUGUCAGCACUUGGUCUUUCUCCUGUCCUUGUUGGGAAUUUUCCUUAGAUUUUACAUUUAAGUGGAUCCCAUAUUAUCACUCUAAUCACAAGAGAGAGUUUAUCAUCCAAAGGUUCCUUGGUGCACUUGAAUGGGUGCAUACUUCCAAAAACGUAUCCACUAAUGUAACAGAAAAAAUUGUCGGGGGACAGUGAAGAGCCAUCAUCUUUCCUUUGUACCUGAUGUAAUCUUCCCAGAGAAGGCAAAUAAAUCUUCAGGGACAGGGUUUCUCAUCUUACCCACCAAGCUGGAGUAGAUCUCAAGAGGAGCAGAACGAGCACAUGCAGUUGGAUAUAGGCAAGAAAAGUUCUGGUAGAGUCACACUGGGGUGGGGCUGUUCUUCUCAUCCACAAUAUGCUGGUCUCCAACACAUGAGCAUCAUUCAGCUGCCAUUGUCUGACCUGCCAAACAAAAACAGAGUGAAUGUGGAUUGCUCUCAAGAUUCUUGACCGGGGCACAGCUUUUUUGGCCCCUCUCAAAUCCUUCCUUGUUUGUAGGGAGAGAGAAUACACUGACGAGUAGCAUUUUGGCUCUCCUGUCCCCUCUCGUUUGGUUGCCCCAAGUCUGUUUAAUGGUGGUGAGCCAGUGGAUUUCUUUUCCUUGUAGAUAUCAGAAAGCAGCUGCCGAAUGCUGGCUUUGCCAUGGUAAAAGAAUUCACUCUCUUUCUGGAGUAGUAUUCCCCUGCAACUGCUUGAAAUAUACAGGAAUUAUAGGCUCAGUAGGAAAACUUGGUAUGAUUACAUGAAUGAAAGUUUGGCGAGCAUAGCGAAUGACUGAUGUCUAAAUGCUUUGGAUUGCAAUUCUAAUUUUGGUUGACUGGCCUUUCAAAAACGAAAAAGUUGUAAGACAAGGAAAGAAGAAGGCUAGUAUCAAUCUGGAGUCUUACUUAAAAGACUUUUGACAUGUAAUGCUAGUCUCCGACACAGUCACAUGGGUUGCGCUACAUUGCAAUUAUGCUCAUAGAUGGGACACAAUCCAUUAUCAGCAAGAAAAAAAUGGAUCAGUCGAGAGUAUCGUGAAGAAUGGCAAUUCUAAACUUGUGAGAUCUACUAAAUUGCUUGAUCACGAGGAAUUGUAGUUGCUUGUAAAGCCAUAUUGCCGAUCAUACCGAUUAUUAUAUCUGUAAUCACGU